AUGAAGAAGGAAGAGGAAGGGGAAGAAGAAGGAAGAAGAAAGAAAAGGGAAGAAGAGGAAAGAAGAAGAAGGAAGAGGAGGAGGAAGAAGAAGAAAGGGAAGAAGAGGAAGAAGGGGAAGAAGAGGAAGAAGGGGAAGAAGAGGAAGAAGAGGAAGAAGGGGAAGAAGAGGAAGAAGAGGAAGAAGGGGAAGAAGAGGAAGAAGGGGAAGAAGAGGAAGAAGAGGAAGAAGGGGAAGAAGAGGAAGAAGUGGAAGAAGGGGAAGAAGUGUGAAGAAGAAGGGGAAGAAGAGGAAGAAGGGGAAGAAGAGGAAGAAGAGGAAGAAGGGGAAGAAGAGGAAGAAGAGGAAGAAGAGGAAGAAGGGGAAGAAGGGGAAGAAGAGGAAGAAGAGAAAGAAGGGGAGAAGAGGAAGAAGGGGAAGAAGGGGGAGAAGAGGAAGAAGGGGAAGAAGGGGAAGAAGGGGGAGAAGAGGAAGAAGGGGAAGAAGAGGAAGAAGUGA